AUGGCGCUGCACACUCUACUCAAGCGUCUCGAGAUUCCUCGAGAGACAGAUGUACAGACCAAAGCGUACAUGAACCGUGACACACGGCCUCUACCCCUGGAGAGACGUACCUAUGGUCCCUGGGAGUUCGUGGGCCUCUGGGUCGUCACCGGCGCCUUCAACGUCGGCGGGUGGAUGACCGGCUCCUCUGUCAUCGCUCUCGGGCUCAACGUCUGGCAGGCCAUGCUCACCGUUAUCAUCGGCAACAUCCUCGUCGGCAUCAUAUGCGUGCUCACGGGGGCGCCAGGGUCCAAGUGGCACAUCGGCUUCUCCAUCCUGCAGAAGGCGUCGUGGGGCAUGUACGGCGCGCUGUUCCCGCUCGUGCAGCGCAUCAUGCUCUCGUUCAUCUGGUACUCGACGCAGAUCUGGUGGGGGGGCCAGUGCACCAAGACGUUCCUCACUGCGCUGUGGCCUUCGUUCCGGAACCUUAACACGCCUCUGGCCCACGGGACGAUGGAUACGGGGGAUUUCACCGCCUUCAUCGUCUUCUGGUCUCUGUGCCUGCCGCUCAUCUGGGUCCCGCCGGAGAAGUACAAGAUUCCCUUCGCCAUCGCCGCCUGCAGCGUCGCUCCCACCGUCCUCGCUCUCAUGAUAUGGUGCACCGCGCAAGCUCGCGGAGCCGGGCCCCUGGUCUCCGACAUCUCGGUCGCCGGCGUUGAGCAGGCCAGGGGGAGCCACCUCGGGUGGAUGCUGGUCCUCGGCAUCUGCACCAACAUCGGUGGCAUCAGCACCCACAUCUUCAGCCAGUCUGACUUCACCCGCUUCGCGCGCCGCCCCGGGGACCAGUUCCUCUCGCAGCUGCUAUUUGUGCCCCUGAGCACCGUCUCAGUCGCUCUGAUCGGCAUCCUGUGCACCUCCUGCGCCUCCCAACUCUUCCCCGAGACCAACGGCACGUUGCUGUGGGAGCCGUACCGCUUGUUGGCCACCGUGCAGACCCAUUUCGACGAUUCCCCCCGCGCGCGAGUUGCCGUGGCCUUUGCUAGCUUGGCUUUUGUCGUGGCGCAGUUUGGCAUCUCUGUUGCCGAGAACGCGCUGUCCAACGGCAUCGACCUCUCGGCUCUGCUGCCGCGUUACUUCAACCUUCGCCGCGGGGGCUACCUCACUGCGGUCUUUGCUUUCGUCAUGCAACCUUGGGAGCUCAUGAAUGGAGCAAGCAACUUCCUUACCGUCAUGGGCGGGUACGGCGUCUUUCUCGGGUCCAUGACGGGAGUCAUGUUCUCGGACUACUAUAUGGUGCGGCAACGUCGGCUUAUGCUGACCGGUCUGUACGAUGCGUCCAGCACCAGCAUCUAUUGGUACUGGUCCGGGGUCAACUGGCGAGCCCCUGUGGCCUGGGUCGCCGCGACCUGGCUACUUCUCCCCGGCUUUGUUCGCCGCGUGCAGGAUCCUACGGCAGAAUGGAGCGGGUGGUCGCACCUGUACUACAUGUCCUGGCCCCUCGGCUGCUUUCUCGCCAUGCUGUUUUACUAUCUGCUCGCUCGUGCGUUCCCUGUGCCGCAGCCCCAGGCUGUUGACGAUGCAGAUUACUUCGAUACCUUUGGAUUGGCCAAUGACUCUGUUUCCGUGCUGGAAGGCGAGGUUGUUUCGGGCAAUGGUAGUCUAGCUAAGAAGGACCAGGCUGUACUUUCUUCGGAGGAGAUGAACCGGGCAGUCUAG